GAUGAUGAGAAGGGGCAAAAUAGUCUCGUCAUUGAAGAAAACGGGGAGAGUGACCGGCAUACUUACUGCCUAAUUAGUGUGAUCAGCCACUUUGGUCUCACAACUAACACUGGGCACUAUGUAGCAGAUGUAUUCAAUUGUGAAGAAGACAGCUGGUUCCAUUAUGAUGAUGAGUGUGUUGUAAAAAUCCCAGAGACUGUUGUCUUUGCAGAAGGUCGACAGAAGAAUGGCUACAUCUUCUUCUAUAUGCAUAAGGAUCUCUUUAAGAAGAUGGAGAAGAAAACCAGUGUCAAUAGAUAAUAGAUGUUUUCUGUAGUGUUUGUAAAUAAUUGUAUAGUGUUUUAUAAUAUUUACUUUAAAAUUAGAUAAUUGUACAAAAAUCAUUCAUUGUUAAUGUUUAAAAUUAUAAUUUGUUUGUAACUGAUGCACUCCUUCCAAAAUUAGGUAUAGUACCAUAUUACAUAUGUCAAAUAAUUUUUUUUCUGUUGCCAAUGAAUAUUUGCACAAGUCUUGGUGUUUGAAUAUUUUUGUUGUGAUAGUAACACUUCUUUGUACAGUAGUGUAAAUAAUAUAGCAGUUGCAUAACAUGUCAGUGUGUACCAUUAUACAAAAGUUCAACGUUAACUUUAAGUGUUGUCUGCAGAUGUUAGCAAUCCUUAAUUGACUACUGUAUUUUGUUAAAUUUUUGGCUUGAGUGAGCCCAGGUGUACAUCUGUUCAUAGCAUUUGUGCCUGAAUAGCCUUAAAGUUGUAUACAGUCCAUAAGCAGAUUUUUUAAGUAAUUUGAAUUCAAGCUUGAAAGUUCUUGAAAUGGCAUUAUUUAUGGAAAUACCUGUAGUGUCAAUGGGAGAAUUUCAAAUGACAUCAAUGGUACGUAUAGUAAUAGCAUAUGUACCCCGGGGAAGAUUCCUUGUAAAAAAAAUUUUUGAAAGGUAACUGAGCAAUUUAGUAAUUUACUAAUUCUUGUAAAUUGUGCAAUAAAUAGUUUUGAAUACUUUUCAAAAUACUCUACAGUAUCUGAAUUGUAGCAAAGUGGUGCUAAUUAUAUUUCGUGCUUAAACAUCUUCAUUUUCCCCCUAUUUACAACUAGUCAAUGCCUUAAAUUCUGACCUAAAUGUUAAGUGCUAAAAUGUUGUUGGUUAAUGCAAUAAGGUAUUUUUUUUUAACUUCCAGAUCUAUUAAAAGUAAUACAAGUUAAUUUAACCUUUUUCAUACCCAUUUCAAAGUUACUUGUAUAAUGUACACAGAGGGUAUGCAUGAAUCUCUUAUUUUCCACACAUGAGUCAUCUAUGAUUAUCUGAUGGCAGCCUCUUUCGAUGGGUUCUUAAGUCAGUCAUUUCUGACAACUUUUCCCCGAGUCAUUCUUGGCUAAUAAUUAUUUAUGAACAAUACUUCCUAUGACUUGCAAGAAGCUAUUGGGAUGUAAACAAAUCCACUGAACUCCUUCCUGGGGAACUCUUAACUGCUGAAAAGACUAUUUAUUGCAAUUUUUAUUUAAAUUGUAUUAUGUUCUUAAUUUUAUGUAAGUACAAUGAAAACUGAAAAUGUGUGGAUGUAAAUGAGAUGGGAAAAUGAUUUAUCUGAUAAAACCGAAGGUAUAAAUCUAAAUACCAAACAAGUACGGUACAGUAUUCCAUUGAUUUUUUUUAUUUUAUCAAAACAUGAGAAAAAAUUUAAAAGCUCUAGAAAUCUAUACAGUAUUUACAUGAUUCAUAUAUUCUUACAAUCAAAAACAUGGCAAUACAUUUGGUUUACAAAUAAUUUCAAAUAUUUUUUGAAAGAAUGAGACAUGAAAAGUAAUACACUAGUAUCAUAUCUUCCUCUCUAGUUUUAUUUGAAUAAUGGACUUACCUUGGCAGCUUACUAGGAACUUCACAUUUUUAUUUUAAUCGUCUUAUUUUAGCACAAUACAUAGGACCAAAAUUAGAGAGAAGUGAUGGCAGAACAACCUGACCAUAGCGCAAGCCCAAAUUAUUUCCAAAGCGAUACAGGAAACUCAAUGAUCGAACUGCAUAAGUCAUAUCCCUGGAAGUAAACCGAGACCAUUAGUGAGGAAAAUUAUAGAUAUAUGAGGGCUAUUUGUAAAUUUCAUCAUCUUUCUCAUUAACAUCAUGUGAAUCAAAUGUGAAAAAUUAGUUGUCAGACAAGUAUAGGUACCAGCAGCUCCAAAUUGCCAUUUAUAACUUUAUCCUCCUUUUGCCAGCACAUCUAUGAAUUGUACUGUACAACUAUUUUUUUACUCAUGAUAUUAAAACCUAAGUCAUGCAGUAAUUGUAAGAAUACAUAAAUAAUUAUAAAUGAUGUGGUAAUGAAUGAUUUAUUGGAAUAAAAAAUAAACUGAG